AUGGUGAUGAAGUCCCCAAAGCCAAACAGGGGACAUUUCGUGCUCUCUUGUUUCAUCUUCAUCUUCUUCCUCUGCGUAUUGGCUUCCAUAAACGAAGUUCGAUUCGAGGGGUUACUAAGGUUCGGUCGAUGUGCUCUCUCAAACAACUCUCUAGCCGCAAACUCUUCCUUCUCCAAAGAAGAAGACACUAGAAUUCUCAUCGCCGUUCUCACACUCCCCGACCAAUACCUACGACGGCACUUCCUCCGCCUCGUCUACGGCACACAAACCCCUGAGGAUGCAAAAGUUGAUGUUAAGUUCGUGUUCUGCAACCUUACAAAAGAGGACCAGAAGGUAAUGGUGGCGUUGGAGAUCAUGCGUUACAACGACAUCAUCAUCCUCAAUUGCACAGAGAACAUGAACAAGGGGAAGACCUCAACGUUCUUCAGGAGCUUGCCUGAGAUUUUCAACGAAACCAACGGACCUUACCCUCCUUACCAUUACGUGAUGAAAGCAGAUGAUGACACGUACGUGAGGCUGAACAGUUUGGUAAAGUCGCUGAAGCCGUUGCCAAGGGAAGAUUUGUAUUAUGGAUUCGUGAUACCAUGUGGGAGCAUGGACCCCUUUAAGCAUUACAUGUCUGGGAUGGGGGUUUUGGUAUCUUGGGACAUAGUAGAGUGGAUCCAUGGUUCUGAUAUUCCUAAGAAACACGUGGAGGGUCCAGAGGAUAAGGUGUUUGGAGAUUGGAUGCGAUGGGGUCGCAAAGGAAAAAAUAGGUACAAUGCUAAGUGGUCUAUGUACAAUUAUCCUGAUCCAGUCUCGGUAUGUAGCCACGAGCUUUGGCCUGACACUAUUGCGGUUCAUUUGUUGAAGAAUCAAGAGAAGUGGAUUCGGACUCUCAAGUAUUUCAACCACACUGAUCCUUUGAAGCCAUCCAAGUUGUAUCAUAUACCUUAG